AUGGCUUUCAAUUCUCAGGAUGCCCAAGCGCUGCGCUCUGCGCCCAUGAAGAUCGCGGUGAUGACCUCUGGAGGGGAUAGCGCGGGUAUGAAUGCGGCGGUUCGGGCAGUAGCCAAGAUGGCCAUCUAUCGUGGAUGCGAAGCUUGGGUGAUAAGGGAAGGUUGGGAAGGUCUAGUGAGGGGCAACGACGAUGCGUCGUCCAAUGCUGUCACUCCUAAUGGAUCGCUAGACACAUCCAAGCGCACAGUGGACGCAUUUAGAGACGCCCAUAAUCCUCAUGCCGCUCGUCAGGAAGCUUCCUCUUCUGCUACCGACAAGUCGACAUCUGGAGGAGCCAAGGAUGCGUCGGCUACGGCCGCUACUGCUGCUGGCAACUCCUUGCCCCCCGAAUCAUCCUCCGUCAAGAGCGGCUUUGUGUCCACCUUUGGCCAGGGUGAGCUGCUCAGGGAAGGAGUGGGAGAAGCGGAAGAAAUCGGUUUGAAAGGACAAUACAUCGUCAGAGUGGGCUGGGAUGACGUGAGGGGAUGGAUGGAUCAGGUGAGUGGGCGCGCGCGAAAAAACAAAGCCAUCGUGUAGCUUGUAGCAAGCAAGCAAGCCAAACUCACACGAUUUGCCAAUAUGCACUCGCAGGGCGGCACGCUGAUCGGUACGGCUCGUUGCGCAGCAUUCAGAGAAAGACCAGGCAGAGAGAGGGCAGCGCGCAAUCUCAUCUCGUGUGGCAUAGACGCGCUGGCUGUAUGCGGUGGAGAUGGCAGCUUGACCGGCGCUGACCGCUUACGGGCGGAGUGGCCUGAAUUGGUAGAGAGCCUCAAAAGCAGAGGUGAGCUCAUCACGACCGUAGCAUGAUCCUUGCAGACUGCUCAUCACCCGGCUUUGCCACUUGACCAGGCGAGAUCAGCGAAGCGCAGGCUCAAAGGUAUGCGCAUCUCAAAAUUGUUGGACUGGUCGGCUCCAUCGACAAUGACAUGGCGACGACCGAUCUCACCAUCGGUGCAUCGACCGCCUUGGCCCGCAUCUGCGAAGCGAUCGACAGUAUCAGCAGUACGGCCGCUUCGCACUCUCGAGCAUUUGUAGUGGAGGUGAUGGGCCGACACUGUGGCUGGCUAGCUCUCAUGGCCGGAAUCGCCUCGGGAGCCGACUACAUUUUAGUUCCGGAACGUCCGCCCAUCGGGGAUUGGCGGGACAACAUGUGCGAAGUGUUGGCUCGACAUAGAGAAGUGGGCAAACGCAAGACCAUCGUCGUCGUCGCAGAGGGCGCUAUUGAUCGAGAGCUGAAUGCCAUCAGACCCGACGACAUCAAGUCUAUCCUCUCCGAUCGCUUGGGUCUGGACACUAGGGUCACCACGCUUGGACAUACGCAGCGAGGAGGCAAGCCUGUUGCUCAAGAUCGUGUGCUGGCCACUCUGCAAGGCGUCGAAGCCGUCGACGCUUUGCUGCAGGCCAAACCCGACACUCCUAGCUACGUCAUCGGUAUACGCGAGAACAAGAUCGAGCGGAUCCCGCUUAUGCACGCCGUCGAGAUGACUCAACGUGUGGCAAAGUGUAUCGGAGAAAAGGACUUUGAUGGCGCAAUGGCUCUCAGAGACCCCGAGUUUGAGGAAGGGCUGCACGCCUUUGAUCUCAUCUCCAAGAUAGACGAGAGCUUCUUGGUACCUCAACAGAGCAGGAUACGCAUGGCGAUCAUCCAGUGAGUCGUUGCAACGCAAAGUCGCGGUCACCUCGAAAGCUUGCUGAAGACUCUCUGCCUCUCCUCGCUUUCUCCUAGUCUCGGUGCGCCUGCGGGAGGGAUGAACGCUGCGACGCGCACUGCAGUGCGAUACUGCUUGGCUCAUGGGCACGAACCUUUUGUCGUGCACAAUGGAUUCCCAGGUCUGCUGGAGGACCACAUCAACCCUUUGAACUGGCUUCGGGUGGAUAAUUGGGCUGUAAGGGGAGGCAGCGAGUUAGGCACCAACAGGGUUCUGCCCGACAUAGACUUUGGAGCGGUGGCGGCAAAGCUGCAGGAACACAAGAUCGAGGGUUUGCUGGUCAUUGGAGGCUUUGAGGCUUUCCAGGCCGUCAAGCAGCUCAAUGAUCAGCGCGGCAACUAUCCCAUCUUCAGGGUGAGUCGUCUUGACGACAGAGACGACGUGCGUCGCUUUGACUGACUAUGCUUGCGCCUUGAUGCAUGCGCACAGAUGCCCAUCGCUGCCAUUCCUGCGACAAUCUCCAACAACGUUCCGAUUUCCGAAUUUUCUUUGGGCUCCGACACUUCCCUCAAUGCCCUUGUAGAUGCGUGCGACACGAUCAAGCAGUCUGCUUCUGCUUCUCGCAACAGGACCUUUGUGGUGGAGACUCAAGGUGGCAGGUGCGGCUACAUUGCCGUCAUGGGCGCCCUGGCUGCCGGUGCUGUGCUCGUCUACACGCCCGAAGUGGGCAUCGGCCUUCAACAGCUGGGUGCUGACGUUGCCUGGCUCAAGAAACGGUUCGAGUUGGACGUGAGGGGCAAGAGCGAGGGAAGGCUCGUGAUCAGGUGAGCCGUAUUGCUCGUCCCUCAUCAGUUCGUCAGCGCCAUUGAACCUUUUGCACCCGGCGAACACAGAAAUGAACGCUCUUCGGACGUGUACACAACAGAAGUCAUCACCAAGAUUCUCAAAGAGGAAGGCAAAGAAUUGUUCGAUGCUCGUUCGGCCUCGCUGGGACACACUCUGCAAGGCGGUGUCCCCUCGCCGCUAGAUCGAGCACGCGCCACUCGUCUGGCCGUCCGCUGCUGCGAGUUCCUGACCAUGAACGCGCUAGCUCUGCGGAAGAGCUCAUCAGCGUGGAACCAGGACACGGCGGUGAUCAUCACCAUUCGAGGAAGCCAGGUGGAGUUCACUAGCUCUGAAGAGAUGGCCAAGCAGGCGGAUAUGAAGAACAGAAGAGGAAAGACGGCUUGGUGGCACGAGCUCAAGAACCUCGCAGAGCUCAUGGGCGGCCGCGCUGGCCUGUCCAUGGCCAACUUGUGA